CGACCAAUCAAGGGCAAGGUGAGGUGCAAAACCAGCCGGCUCCCCGGGGGAGCCAGUCACAGGCUUGGGGCCAUGGCGGAGCUGCAGCAGCUGCAGGAGUUUGAGAUUCCCACCGGCCGGGAGGCGCUUCGGGAAAACCACAGCGCCCUGCUGCGGGUGGCCGACUACUGUGAGAACAACUAUGUGGAGGCCACAGACAAGCGGAAGGCACUGGAGGAGACCAUGGCCUUUACCACCCAGGCCCUGGCCAGCGUGGCCUACCAGGUGAACAACCUGGCCGGGCACACUCUGCGCAUGUUGGACCUGCAGGCAGCUGGCUUGCGGCAGGUGGAGGCCCGGGUGAGCACGCUGGGCCAGAUAGUGAACAUGCAUAUGGAGAAAGUGGCCCGAAGGGAGAUCGGCACCUUGGCCACCGUCCAGCGGCUGCCUGUGGGUCAGAAAGUCAUCGCCCCCGAGAGCCUGCCUCCCCUUACGCCCUACUGCAGGAGACCCCUCAACUUCGGCUGCCUGGAUGACAUUGGCCAUGGGAUCAAGGACCUGAGCACGCAGCUGUCGCGGACCGGCACUCUGUCUCGCAAGAGCAUCAAAGCACCUGCCACACCCGCCUCCGCCACGCUGGGGAGAGCGACCCGAAUCCCCGAGCCGGUGCAGAUCCCGGUGGUGCCGGACGGCAAACUCUCGGCUGCCUCCUCGGUCUCUUCACUGACUUCGGCCGGCAGCGCUGAAGGCGUCGGUGGGGUCUCGCAGAGCAAGGCGGCGGCCGCACCCCCACCCCCACCCCCACCUCUCCCCGGUUCCAUGGCUCCACCCGCUCCACCCGCCCCUGCCGUCUCUGACGUCUUCCUGCCGCCCCCUCCGCCGGAGGACCUGUCCCUGCCCCCGCCCGACCUGGAGCUGCCCCCACCUCUGGACCUGGCCCCGCUCCCACUCACAGAUAUGGAUGAACUGGGGCUGCUGCCUCCGCCCCCACCAGGCUUCGAGACCGAAGAGCCCAGUUGGGUUCCUGCUUCCUACUUAGAGAAAGUGGUGACACUUUACCCGUACACCCGCCAGAAGGACAACGAGCUCUCCUUCUCUGAGGGGACCGUCAUCUGCAUCACCCGCCGCUACUCCGAUGGCUGGUGCGAGGGCGUCAGCUCCGAGGGGACUGGAUUCUUCCCCGGGAACUAUGUGGAGCCCAGCUGCUGACAGCCCAAGGCUCUGUGGGCCACGACCCAGGCUCCACCCUGAGUGAGCCUGUUGAGCUCCAGGCCAAAGUCAACUCCAAAGUCAGGGCUGCCACAGGCCUGCUCGCCUCUCUGGGCUCUGAGCUGUGUCUGUUCCUUUCCCCAUUGUGGCGGGAAGUCCUGGCGCUAGAGAGGAGAUACCCCGAGGCCCGAAGCAGAAAGGAAAGAACUGGAAGCCAAGGAGUUGGGUGGUUUUGUCCAUAAAAGACCCCCAUCCACGCAGGAUGGAGUCUCCAGCUGCAGGUGCCAACUUUGAAUAAAACUCUGCUGACCUCAUGAUUGCCCUGCAGGGCUGAGGAGUCAGGAGGGACUGAAAGCAUCCCAGUUUUAAGGUUCCUGACAAUCCCUGGGCGCCCUCUGCCUGCCUCAGCAGCAGUGUCGCUCCCAGAUCCCCACUAAGUGCCCUCCACACUUGACCCGGAUGCCCCUCUUCAGCUACUGAGCGCACCUUGUUCUCCCUGUUGCUGAGUGUUGUUCAGUCUUGGUUCACUCAAG